AUGUCGUGGUCCGGCUUCAAGAAAAAUGUCAACCGUGCGACGACGCAGGUGAUGAUGAAAACGGGCCAUGUCGAGAAAACCAGUGACCGAGACUAUGAGAUUGAAGAGAGACGCUAUAGAACAAUGGAGACGGCCGUGACUCGGCUACAGAAGGAGGCCAAGGGUUAUCUUGAUUCGCUGCGAGCAAUGACUGCAUCUCAAAUGAGAAUCGCGGAAACGAUCGACGCCUUUUACGGUGACGCCGGGACCAGAGACGGCGUGAGUCGGAGUUAUAAGCAGGCCGUCGAGGACCUGGACGCCGAGACGAUCAAAGCUCUGGACGGACCUUAUCGAACCACCGUUCUCGACCCCAUCUCCCGGUUCUGUGCCUACUUCCCCGACAUCAACGAAUGCAUCAAAAAACGCAACCACAAACUCCUCGACUACGACUCGAUGCGCGCCAAGGUCAAACGCCUCGUCGAAAAACCAGACAAGGACGCCACCAAACUACCGCGCGCCGAACGCGAAACCGAAAUGGCCAAGCAGGCAUACGAGCAGCUCAACGAACAGCUCUUCACCGAGCUGCCGCAGCUCAUCGACCUGCGUGUGCCAUACUUGGAUCCCAGUUUUGAGGCCCUUGUCAAGAUUCAGCUGCGGUUUUGUGCAGAGGCGUACUCGCGCAUGGCGCAGGUGCAGCAGUAUUUGGAUGCGGAUACGAGAGAUCAAUAUGCCAAUGGCGAACUGGAUAACAGGGUUGAGCAGGUGUUGGAGGAGAUUCGGGAUUUGAGCAUUGCGGGGACUGUCUAG